AAAUUCAAUCAAAGUCAACAUCGUUUGUGGCAAGAUAGCUUGGUCGCGUGGUCAUCCGUUCGUUUCUUUCUCCCUAGUACUGCCUCUUCUACAAAAGCCAUGCUUUCAGUCUGUAUUUGAGAAUACUGGACAAUGCUGUUAUUUUAUUGACAGCUUUCUUUCUGCUGCACAUCCGAUUUGAGGAGUGCUUAUGUGCGCACUUGAAGUACGAUGGACGUCAGAAGACUAUCAAGAAACUGUGCCUUUGUAUUUCCGAAUACCUUACGCUAUCGCCAGUACAAACAGGCUGCCGUGAGCUUCGCGAAGUUGAGUCAGCAACCACCCGAAGCCAUUGCUGUGUACGUUCAUUGGCCAUUCUGUCGUCAGCUUUGUUCAUACUGCAACUUCAACAAAUAUGUCAGGUCUGUGGACAAGGAUUUUGAACAGAGCAUGGUCGAGUGUAUACUGCAAGAUGCUGCUGGUCAGCUGAAAGCGUCAGGUGCCUCGGAUAUCUUCUCUAUAUACUUCGGUGGAGGUACACCAAGUCUUUGUUCUGCCUCAAGCAUUCAUUCUAUCAUAGCUGGUCUUGGCAGGCUAGGCAAUAUACUACCUGAUGCUGAAGUAACUCUGGAGGCCAAUCCAUCCUCUUCCACGGACAACAAGCUAAGGUCAUUCCGAGAUGCUGGGGUCAACAGGAUCUCGCUUGGUGUACAGGCACUGAACAAUGAGGAUUUGCAGUUGUUAAACCGCGAUCAUACGGUGGAAGAGUCGUUGAGGACGAUAGAGUCUUGCCAGCAGAUCUACCCUAGUCAGACUAGCCUUGAUCUGAUAUUCGCUAGACCCGCUCAAACUCUUCAGCAAUGGCAGUCUGAACUGGAGCAAGUCUUACAGCUCUGUGAAACUCACGUUUCUUUGUAUGAGCUAACCAUUGAGCAGUCCACGCCAUUGGCUAGACAGGUGGAGAAAGGAGAGCUGACAGUUCCUGGUAGCGACGUGAAGGCUGAUAUGUACCAGUGUGCAAUUGAGACAUUGAGCUCUCAUGGACUGUAUCGUUAUCAAGUCUCUAACUUUGCCAAACCGGGUUGUGAAGCGCAACAUAACUCCUCAUAUUGGUAUGGGCGUCCAUACAUUGGUCUUGGUCCGGGAGCACAUGGCAGGUACAAGCGACAUCCAACACCAGCCACCUCAUUGUCAGACCGUUGCUCUGAAGCUGCUGCUGGUGGUAGUGUUAGAAGUGCUGGUGAUGAUGGUGAUGAUGGUACAUUGGUUGAUGAUAAAGCAUGGCAUCAUUGUGUUCAAGUUCCUGAACCCAACGCAUGGAUGACACAGGUUAAAGCUACUGGCAGUGGUGCUGCUAAGUGUACACCUGUCCAACAUAUUGAUAUGUUACAACAAGUUCUCAUCUCAUCACUGUACACCGAUGCAGGGUUGUCUGAUGAGACUUGGUGUAGGGUUGGCUCAUCUCAUAGUCUUGCUGACAUAUUUCAACCAGUGCUUUCAAAAAGAACAUCUCCUCUCGCAGAUAGAGUCCUCCUGGACCAGAGAGGAUUACGGUUGUCUCCGGACAGCAUAGCUGUUGCAGAUUCUCUGCUGCCUCAUCUUAUGUUAGCUGUUGAAAAGUACAUCACAACGAAGAACAUCGUUCCAUCCACAAACACCUCAAGCCGCAGCAGCAGCAACAACAGCAGCAACAACGGGUAGUCAUGAUGUGCGUACCGGUUUACCAUCCUGCCACAGUGGAUUGAUUAAAAUGCUGCUUACCUGUGCAAAUUGUGUCAUCUGCCA